CGCGCUUCUUACUGGCCAGCGAGACAGGCGCGGCAACAUCACCAUUGGCCAGAGCGCGUGUCGGUCAGCGCUCGCUGCCUUCCGGGUUCGGAGCGGCGGCCGCCGCAGCAUGAGGCGGGUCACGCUGUUCGUGAACGGCAGCCCCCGGAACGGGAAGGUUGUGGCCGUGUAUGGGACUUUAUCAGAUCUGCUCUCUGUGGCCAGUAAUAAGCUGGGAAUAAAAGCGACCAGUGUUUACAAUGGGAAAGGUGGACUCAUCGAUGAUAUCGCUUUGAUUAGGGAUGACGAUGUUUUGUUUGUCUGCGAAGGGGAACCAUUCAUUGAUCCUCAGGGCGAUGGGAGACCUCACGAAGAACUAACAGGGUCACACACGGAUUGGUUGACACUCAACGUUGGAGGCCGAUACUUCACCACUACACGGAGCACUUUGGUUAAUAAAGAACCUGACAGUAUGUUGGCCCACAUGUUUAAAGAUAAAGAUGCGUGGGGCAAUAAGCAAGAUCACAGAGGAGCAUUCCUCAUUGACCGCAGUCCGGAGUAUUUCGAGCCCAUUUUGAACUAUUUGCGUCACGGACAGCUCAUUGUAAACGAUGGCAUUAAUUUGCUGGGUGUUUUGGAAGAAGCCAGGUUUUUUGGUAUCGAUUCACUAAUUGAACAUCUAGAAGUAGCUAUUAAGAACUCCCAGCCGGCUGAGGAUCAUUCUCCUAUAUCGCGGAAGGAGUUUGUCCGAUUCCUACUGGCCACCCCAACCAAGUCUGAGCUGCGAUGUCAGGGUCUCAAUUUCAGCGGAGCGGAUCUUUCACGUCUAGAUCUUCGAUACAUUAAUUUCAAGAUGGCAAACCUGAGCCGUUGCAACCUCGCGCACGCCAACCUGUGCUGUGCGAAUCUCGAAAGAGCCGACCUCUCUGGAUCAGUGCUGGAUUGUGCAAAUCUCCAAGGGGUCAAGAUGCUGUGUUCCAACGCAGAAGGAGCGUCUCUCAAAGGCUGCAAUUUUGAAGAUCCAUCAGGCCUUAAAGCUAAUUUGGAAGGUGCUAACCUGAAAGGCGUUGACAUGGAAGGCAGCCAAAUGACAGGAAUAAAUCUCAGAGUGGCAACGCUGAAAAACGCAAAACUAAAAAACUGUAACCUUAGAGGAGCAACUUUGGCAGGAACUGAUUUGGAAAAUUGUGAUCUAUCAGGUUGUGAUCUACAAGAAGCUAACCUGCGGGGAUCGAAUGUAAAAGGAGCCAUCUUUGAGGAGAUGCUGACACCUUUGCACAUGUCUCAGAGCGUCAGAUAGGGAGGAAAAUACGCCGAAGAGGAAGGAAUGAAAACAUUUAUUGUGACGUUCUUCACCUCCUCCCCUUAUUCAGUUAGAAGUAAUGGUUAUUAGACAACUUACAUUGCGGUAGUGCCUACGUAAACUCUUCUUUGAUCACUUUUAGGGGAGGGAGAUUUAAGAGGUAGAAACGCUGUUUCUGCCUUUGUGAACAGAGUGAGGAAUGGGGCUGGUUCUACAACCAGAACGUGCGGCUGGUUUGGGGCGGGAGGGUUAAAUAGCUUCAUUGUUUAGCAUUGCCUCACUUUGGAAUGCGUUUUAAUUUAUAAAGCACAAUAUAUGCAAUUCUAUUUAUUAAAUCUGUAGCUGCAAUAUGAAUAGAAAAUGUUAUUCAUGGAUAGUAGCAACAAAGUUCAGGUUUACAGUUAGACUAGUGUAUUUACAGUUAGUUUCGUCAUUCGUGCACAAUGAAUUAAAUGAGAGAUGUGGUUUAGACAUUGUCCACAGGAUGUUUUCAGGUACUCUUCUGGGGUGAAAACAGGAGUUAACUGUCAUCAUAGGUAAUUUAUUGCCUUGUAGUAGUUUGAAUGCAGGUAUAGAACAGCUUUAUCGUCUUCUAUAAUGUGCAGGGGAAGCGGCUUCCACUGAAGGGAUCUGCCCACACAGCGGAUUUAGUUCUAAAACAUCCCCGUUCAGAAACUGGAUGUCUUGUUUAAUCCUUUCCAAACGAGUCUGCAAUUGCACUGUCAAUCACAGCUGGGAAGAGAAAUUCUCUUGCUUUCAGGUGUCCUGGAGGAGCUGGAGAUUUUUCAUUCUUUGUGGGGAAUUAAAUGUACAUAGGAAAAUAGAAAAUACUGUCACCAAAGCAGAGCUAAGCCCUGGGGCCACAGCACAUGCUCCGUCAUCCAGCGUAGGAACAAAUGGCCUGUUUCCCCUCAAAAUACUAUGCAAAUAUGGAAUUCUUGAAAGUGUGGGCAUAAUCCCUUACCGGCCAGAUCUCAGUGUCCCACUUCACGCCUGCUUAAAGCAGCUGUAAAAGCACCUUUCGUAGGGCAAAGUGCCCUUUCCACAACUGCUUUACAUGUGAGCAAAUGGGAAACUAUGCGACUUCUGCAGAGCAGAGGCCGCACAGCAUCUCGUGAAGUGGUGGUGCGCUUCGUUUAAUGAGCUGUUUCCAUUGUAGUACCGAUCUAGCUCUCAUCUAACACAUUUCUUUUACACGCAAUCAAAAAGCACACAAACCUAUACCAAAAAAAAAAAGGUGCAUCAAGAACUCUUACCUCAGAUGCUUACUUAAAACACCCCAAAGUUAAAACUAAGCUUGAAUCUAAGGAACCGCAGCUGUUACUGGAAGUUAAGAAGCAAUGUAUCCUAAAGCUUACGGAAGGUGACAGUGUUGUUAGCAGGCGUUUGAGUUCCACCCUCACUUCAGCGGGUUGGUUUUUCAUUUCAGUGCGGAUUUCUUGUCCUCUGAACGGUUUUUUUGUCUCCAUAGUUGUUAUGAAAAUGCUGCUUUGCCAUCAAUGUAGAAAGAUGAGAUCAGGACCAGUAUAGGAUUUCAUUGGGGGGAAUGGCAGGAUUCUCCCUUGUUUUCAAGUUGGGUUGACUCAGGCGUAUGACAUGAACUUCUGGGACUCAAAAUCCCCAAACCAUCUGGUUCAGGAUCGGGAUUUGAUUUCCUCCAGAUUCCCAGGCCUCUUAUCUGGCCCUGGGACAACACGGGGAACACACCUCUAGGUUCAAGAGAGAUAUUGCAGUGUGAUUUUGGAGUCCUUGCUCCCACCUCAUCGCUUUCAUUGAGAGUGAUGUGUAUGUUGCAGUAGAAGAUUCGUAGGGCUAGAGAAAUAAAUGAAUUAUUUUUCUUUAUCAUAUUUUGUAGCUGGCAGAAGUAAAAUAUUGUAUGUAAGAAAUAUCUAUUUUCAUAAUCACUGUGUAUAAACUAUAUUUGAACUUUCACUGAAGCACUAUGUUUUGAAUAAUCACAGCAUGUGGCAUCAUUCAUUCACAGAUGAAUUUAAGGUACCUCUUUUGCUAUGACAAAGCUGUACGAAUAGCCCAAAGUGGCCUAUUCGGAAAUUGCAGGUUCUGGCCUAAUUUAAAUUGCAUUAAUAAAAGUGAGAAAUAUAAAA